AUGUUGUUGCAGGUGCCGCCCAGCGUCAGCAGUGGCCUCACCCUCGACCUCCCGGGAAUCGGCCGCACCGCCCAGCUGCCCAGGGACGCGCUCCGUCGCCUCCUUCGCACCGCCAACACAGCAGACCUGCAGCAAAGCGCCCGCCGGCUCGGCGGGGUGGAUGAGGCCGGGGGGAUGAUCCCUCAAGAGAAGGAUCAACUGGUCGACUUCCUGAUCGAUCGGAUGGACAGCCACGGCGGCUACGUGGAGAUCCGCCCCACCGACGCCCCCGGCGGCUUCAUGCGCGCCGGCGCGGGGGACGACAAGCCCACCAGUGCUGGCAGCAGCGAGGCCGCGGCCGAGCCUCGGGCCGCUGGCGGGCGCGGCGCGGCCGCGGCGAGCGGGGCGGCGGCCUCGACGGCCACCGGCGGCGGCGGGGGCGAGCCACCAGGCGGAUGCGGCGGCGCGCAGGAGGACCGGCGGGAGCGCGUCGGCGGCAAGCGGCGGGGCGACGCGGCGGGCGCAAGGGCCUGCGACGGCGAGCCCAGAUGCCACACCCCUCCCCCAGGGGCCGCCAUCCAGGGGGCGUCGGCUGGGCGCACGGAGCCAGCCGCGCCGGGCGCGACCAAGGGCCGCGCGAGCAAACGCGGCAGCUUGCCCCUCGGCGGCGCACCUGCCGGCAAGAGGGCGAGGAGCCAGUCGUGGCCCCUGGGGCUGAUGUUCACGCUGUUCGUGCUGGGCCUGCAGGCGCCCUUUGCUGCAGAGAACGAGGCGGUCGCCACAAUCACGUCCGCGGCAGACAAGACCCUGGCCCUUAUGUCCACUGCCCCCGCAGCUUGCGGCACUGGCAUCCACAUGGCAUGGACUGAGGGCAAGAACGUCGCGUUCGCCAUUACAGGCGGCCCGCCGCCAAAACCGGCGGCCGCCCGAGCGAUCGCCGCGGCGGACGGCGAGUUUGGAGACGCCGCGCGGGGCGCGCUGGCGAUGUGGGUGUUCUUCCGGCCGUCGAUGGUCGCGGCCGGCGCGCUGGCGCGGUGGCUGGCGCGGCGCGGCAAGGGGGGCCUCGGCGAUAGAGUCAAGCUGUCCGUGGCUGAGGUGAUCGCGCUCGCCAGGAGCUGCCCUGGGCUGGUGCAUGUCGUGUUCCAGCACGCGGGCACGUGCGUCGACAUCAGGCCCCGCUGGCCCUACCAGGUCGUCGACCUGCGGCCCAGUUUGAAGGUGGCCUGGGAGCGCGUGCGCCGGUGGCACAUGGCCCUGUACGCUGUAGCGCUCACGACCCUCGUUUCGCCGCUGUUCGGGAGGAUGGCGCCGGAUCGCGUGGGGUUCCGCAAGGUGCUGUUUGAGGACAUGUGCAGGGGCUACUGUGAGUACGUGUUUCGCUUCUUCCAGCAGCACCGUGCCGCCACAUCCACUCGGUGA